GUCCACAUCUCAAGUCGGAAGUCAAGCCUCCUCUCUGUCUCCAUUACCUUCUCUCUCUAGAUCGAUUCGAAGGGAGGUCGAGAAGGAGGAGGAGAGGGUGGGGAUGGGGGAGGAGCGGCGGACGCUGGUGUUGGUGAACCUCGCCGGAAUCAUGGAGAGGGCCGAUGAGGCGCUCCUCCCUGCGGUCUACAAGGAGGUGGGGGCGGCGCUUCACGCCACCCCGACGGGGCUGGGCUCCCUCACCCUCCUCCGAUCCAUCGUCCAGGCCGCUUGCUAUCCCCUCGCCACCUACAUGGCCGUCCGCUACAACCGGACCCACGUCAUAGCUCUCGGCGCCUUCCUCUGGGCCGCCGCCACGUUCCUCGUCGCCCUCUCCAACACUUUCCUCCAGGUAGCAAUCUCAAGAGCCUUGAAUGGUGUUGGACUAGCCCUGGUAGUACCAGCCAUCCAGUCCCUUGUAGCUGACUCUACCGACGAGAGCACUCGUGGUAUUGCUUUCGGAUGGCUACAACUUACUGGUAAUAUUGGUUCCAUCCUGGGCAACUUCUUUGCUCUCCUGCUGGCAUCGACAUCAAUCAUGGGAAUUGCUGGUUGGAGAAUUGCUUUCCAUCUAGUCGCCAUAAUAAGCGUGGUUGUAGGAAUCUUUGUCAGGCUAUUUGCAGUAGACCCCCAUUUUUCCUCCCAUGCUGUUUCGAGUAAUGAUUUUAUUUUGCGCAAGUCUGUGUGGGCAGAAGUGAAGGACCUCAUCAAGGAAGCCAAAGCUGUUAUGAGAAUCCCAUCAUUUCAGAUUAUAGUGGCUCAGGGUGUCACUGGAUCAUUCCCAUGGUCAGCCCUGUCAUUCGCACCCAUGUGGCUGGAGCUCAUUGGGUUCUCGCACAAAGGAACUGGAUUACUUAUGACACUGUUCUCAGUUGCAACCUCGCUUGGAGGACUGUUUGGAGGAAAGAUGGGGGAUUUUCUCGCCAGACACUAUCCAAACUCUGGUAGGAUAGUUCUAUCCCAAAUAAGUUCUGGCUCUGCCAUUCCACUUGCAGCUGUGCUGUUGUUGGUCUUACCUGAUGAUCCCUCAACGGGACUCGCCCAUGCCAUUGUCUUGUUCAUCAUGGGAUUGAGCGUCUCUUGGAAUGCUCCAGCAACAAAUAAUCCUAUAUUUGCAGAGAUUGUCCCCGAGAGAUCACGAACCAGUAUCUAUGCUCUGGAUAGAUCUUUUGAGUCUGUACUUGCUUCAUUUGCUCCUCCUGUUGUUGGCAUAUUAGCUGAGCACGUCUAUGGGUACAAACCAGUUUCUGAUGGGUCAGGUGAAGGUACUGCAGUGGAGGCAGACAGAGAGAAUGCUACCUCCUUAGCCAAGGCACUUUACACUGCAAUAGCAAUUCCGAUGACGCUUUGCUGCUCCAUCUACUCCUUUUUAUACUGCUCCUAUCCUAGAGACAGGGAGAGGGCUCGAAUGGAAUCUCUGAUAGCAUCAGAACUGCAGCAUAUAGAGUUGGAACAUCCUCCGAGAGCAGGAGCUUAUUCCCAGAUCCAACCUUCUGAACCAGAUCUGUAUAAACAAGAACCGAUCGUGCUUGAUAUGGUUUAUGGAGAGGAAAAUUUUGAGACUGACGAGAAUGGUGAGAAGAAAUUGCUAUCUGAUGAGGUGGUGCUAUCAGAUGCAAGGGAUUAGCAUAUAAAUCAUGUCCCACGAUACUCGUGGCUGCAAGGUUGUUGUCUCUAUUUUCCUACCCUACGACAUGUUGGAAAGUCCGACUGCCUUCAAAUGGUCCCUCAAGAAACAAACAAGCAUGAAGAUCAUCUAUAUAACCUGUUCUUGUCCAGCUUUUACGAAAAGUACUGGGAUGGUCUUCUUUCAGAGUUUAGAAUAGAUCGUACAAAUGUUUUCUUUUCAAUACUCUAGACAAUUAUAAUGCUUGAUUAUCAUAUCUUAUCUAUCAACUGCAGCAAUCUUAUAUUGCACAGCCAAACUUCAGUUCGAACGGGACCGUCUCUUGCAUCGUGGAUAAGAGGCAAAGGGUUUGAUUCUGGUUUAAGUCACCUCAAGAGAUAGGGUAGGGUGGGGUGGGGAAAAGGGUAGAAAGGUGGAAAUUAGCCCUUUCAUGAUGUGUGUAUGUAUGUAUACACGUACACAUACAUAUAUCCUGUAUUUGUACUAAAAAAAA